ACCGGAUCGGCCCGAUCCCGACCACUCGUUCCUCGCCAACUCCUCUUUAUUCGGUUGAUGAGACUCAUAUUUUGCCCUCCCCUCCCGUGCCACGGCCUCGCCCCUUCGUACCGCACCCAUAAGCUAGGUUUUAGCCGCAGCUUUCUCCUUUUUCGCCGCGGCGGCCGCAAGCUCCAACCUUCUCCCCGAAGAAGCCCCAAGCAAGCGACACUCUUGUCCUCUCCGCGCCAGAUCGUUGUUUAUGAGCUCGAAGGAGAAGCCCACUCUUGGAGGCACGCGGAUUAAGACCCGCAAGCGGAACAUUGCAGCUCCUUUGGACCCUGCAUCAUUCUCUGAUGCAAUUGUCCAGAUUUAUCUGGAUAAUGGUGGAGAUCUGGAACUCGUCGCCAAAAGUAUUGAGUCUUCCGACCUCAACUUCUCACGUUACGGUGACACCUUUUUUGAGACUCAUGUUUGUGAAAAUGCAGGUGGUUUUUGUUGGAGGACGCACUCAGCCUGGCACUGUAAAACCUGAAGAAGGAGACCGCCACCCUUAUUCUAUGUUAGAUUGUGUGGCACAGCGUGAAACAAUUUUGCCUUUCGUACUCUAUAUCCAGAAAACAUUGCGCAGGAGGCCUUUCUUAAUAAAAAAUCUUGAAAAUGUUAUGCGCAAAUUCCUCCAAUCCUUGGAGUUCUUUGAGGAAAAUGAGAGGAAGAAACUCGCCAUAUUCACAGCCCUUGCAUUUUCUCAAAAGCUGUCAGGGCUUCCUCCGGAGACAGUGUUCCAGCCAUUGCUCAAGGAUAAUCUGGUUGCCAAAGGGAUAGUACUUUCAUUCAUAACUGAGUUUUUCAAGGAGUACCUGAAGGAAAACACCUUGGAUGAUUUGAUUGCGCUUUUGAAGAAAGGAAAAAUGGAGGACAAUCUGUUGGACUUUUUUCCAUCAGCUAAGAGAUCCUCUGAGGCUUUAUCUGAGCAUUUCAUCAAAGAAGGUCUGACUAGCCUUGUUGAGUACAAUGAAAAGAAGAUGUUUGAAGUUAAACUUAAAGAGAUAAAGUCAACACUGACCACUAUGAUCAAUGAUGAGGCUGCAAUACCUGAAGUGAUUGAGACUGUCAAACAGCAAGUUAAGGAUGCUAAAUUUCCUGAUCUAGAGGUCAUUCGCAUGUUGUGGGAUGUGCUCAUGGAGGCUGUUCAGUGGUCUGGGAAGAACCAGCAACAGAAUUCUAAUGCAGCACUUCGGCAGGUGAAAGCAUGGGCUGAGCUUUUGAAUGCUUUUUGCACGAGUGGCAGACUCGAACUGGAACUUAUAUACAAAGUACAGACACAGUGCUAUGAGGAUGCUAAGCUGAUGAAGCUGUUUCCUGAAAUCAUAAGAACACUGUAUGACCAAGAUGUCCUAGCUGAAGAUACUGUCCUGCUUUGGUUCCGUAAAGGUUCAAACCAGAAGGGCAGGCAAUCUUUCGUGAAAGCUCUGGAGCCGUUUGUCAAAUGGCUCGAGGAGGCUGAGGAGGAAGAAUAAGUUUUUGAUUUGGAGAACGGCCGAAUGCUGGCCUAAGUGUUACUUUAUAUUUCUGAAGUUAGAAGUUUGUGGAGGAAUUAUUGCUGCUGCCUCUUACUGCCGAGAACUUUAUGUUAUGAUGUUUAGCCACAUGGAUCCCGGCUGCAGAGUGCUAUAAUAUGUUGCUGUUAAAACUUUGUGUCGAGCAUUUGUUGAAACUUUUGUUAUCAUUACUGAAAGGAUUUAUAAUGGGACGUCAGUUUACUGUCGGUAUUGUACAAUUACUGGAUUAUUCAUAAGCUGCAGAAUGCUACAAAUGUCAUUUCUGGCAAA